AUGGAAGACAAUAUAUAUUUGUCUUUCAUCCUGAAUUUAAAACCAACAAUUUCCCAUGAUAAUAAUUCAACAUUAUCAAUAUCAAAUAAUAAUAAUCAUAAUAAAAAACAGCAACAGUUUGAUAAUCUAAAUCGUAUAAGUUACGAAAUUAAAGAUGUUGAUAUUGACGAUCAAGAUGUUAAUCAUAAUGAAUCAAAACUUGAAUGUCUUGAUGAUCAUAACUAUAUCUCAAAUAGCAAAGAAGAUCAAAUGAGAGAUCAUGACCUUAUUCGCGAAUUUAAUUUGCUUGAUAAUGGAGAAGAUGAUGAACGUCAACAGCGUCAUAAAGAUGAUAAUGAUGAUGAUAGUAAUUCAAUGUAUUUAAAUUCGGCCACAAUAUCAUCUGAUCAUGAUCAUAAAUAUAAUAUGCAACAAACAGUACAACAUCAACCACAUCGCCAAUCGGUAUUACAGCAACCAUCAUCACCAAGUCCAUUAUUGAAUUAUCGAAAAAAUCUUCCAAAUGAAGAUUAUCGAAUACUUGUUGAUUUAUUAACAUCUUCUGAUACUCAAUUACCACAACGUUUUGGUUCAGCACUUAUUGAUCCUCACUCAAUUACACCUUAUACAGAUGCAACAUGUACUCGUUCAAAAAAACGAGUAAAUCGAGUGAAACGACCAAUGAAUGCAUUUAUGGUAUUUUCACAAUUCGAACGUCGAAAAAUUGUACAAUUAGCACCGGAUAUGCAUAAUGCUGAUAUAAGUAAAUGUUUAGGUGCUCGGUGGAAAAAAUUAUCAUUAAUUGAACGUCAACCAUUUAUUGAUGAAUCAGAACGUUUAAAAGAGUUACAUGUAUUAGAAUAUCCAAAUUAUAAGUAUUGUCCAAGGAAACGAAAAAGCGGAAGUGAUGGUCGAAAAGUAAACAGUGAUCGAAAUAACAGUAAUAAUAAUAAUAAUCGUGUAUACGUUCCAUUAACUCCACCACCAUCUAAUUCAUCAUCCGUUGUUUCAACAACGUCACCCUCAACAUCAUUUAUCGUUCAAAAAUCUGAGCAACAACAACAACAACAACCGUUAAUUAUGUCAAAUACAAAUAUCGAUUUAGCAACAUUAUCUUACUUACGAUCAAUGGCUGAUCCAAAAGUAGUUAAUAAUAUUUUAUUGGCAAAUUUAAAUUCGUUUAAUAAUGCUGUUGCACACCAUCAUCAACCAUUUCAGUCACAUCAACAAACCUCACACUCAUUGUUUCUUCAACAUCAACAGUCAGCCGCAAAUUUAUUAAUGAGAUGUGAUCCAUCGUUACUAGCUGCCGCUAUUGGAAGUAUGAAUGGAUAA